UCAGAUGAGCCGGUCCGUCACGAAAACCGACAGCGCUGCGUGUCAUCGCCUUGAUGCUUCACAAAGGCUGUAAGAAACAACACACAGCAGGCCUUUGGACUGAAGAUGAAUAGCUGUGGUUGGCAGAGGCGACCUCCGUGCUGGACAGCCCGCUGUUAUCGCCACUGAUCGCCAGGUGCAUCAGCUGAAAGGCAACAGCAGCUUCCACUGGAGACAAUACACAAAAGAGCGUGGAAACACAAACACACACAUACACACACUGCCUAAAUUCAUAUGCAUUUUUUUUCACAGUAUAUAACAAAUGUCCACUAAGUCCACGGAGGGCAUUUUAUGGCAUCAAAAAGGCGCAUUAUUUAAUCCACCACACAAUGCAAUAAUACUUCAAUUGUGUUAUUAUCUGUAUUAUUAUUGUUGUUGUUGUUGUUAUUAUUGCUAUGAUGGCAGGUCAGGCCACAGUAAAAUAUCACUUUGGGCUGUCUGCUUUAGGUUGCCUGUCUGUGUGUUGUUAUUGGACUGUGUGGAGCUCACUGUACUCUGCUCCAAUAGCAUCCCAAUAGCAGUGAAUGGAGGACUGAAAAAAAAAGUGUAGCCAUGCAUGCAGGAGUGGGAGGAUCUACUCGCUUCAAUCUCGAUCUCAGACUUUUGCAGCGACAGGGGCACAACCAACCAACCGUCUCUGUUACUUCCAAAGAGUUACUGCCGGGACAUCCUACAUACACACACAUUCAUACACACACGCACACACACACACACACACACACACUAUACUAUCUUUGGAUUUGUUCUCAACUUUUACUUCUGCGCUUUUUUCCUUGGCGAGACUGUAAUCCCGUGAAGACAUUUUUCCAGACUUCUCCCGUCGGCUUAGGGACGAGAAGAUAAAGCUUCCUCGGUCCUCUUAUCAUAACAGGUGACUGUUCAGAGAGUUUCCACAGUUUCUUAUUAGCUUUGUCUUCCUGCACGCUUCUCUGACACAUCAGGGAUUUACAUAGCCAGCUUUUAACUGCCUUUACCUUUUAGCCAUUGCGAGCUCAAAGUCGAGUUUUUCCUCCUCACAGUUUAGUUUAUUUUCCCCUGUCCUCCUCCGAGCUGCAGGCUGUAUCCCACACGGAUUUCAGACGGCUUCCUACACAGCAUUUUCCCCCCUCCGAUCAGCUCUGUGUGCCCGGGAUUUUCUUGUCACGUCUGACCGUAUUCUUAUGGAUAUUGCAACAGGUCUGGUGUCACUGGAGCGCCUCUCCGCGGGUGAACAGUCCGAGACGUGCAUCAUGCUAGACGGCAUUAAAAUAGAAGAUCAUCCCCUGCGAUCGGGACAAGCCACACUCGGAGUUAUGCUCGGGACUGAAUGUCAUCACAGAUCCGUGUGUGAAGGAUGCCAGCGUCCCAUCUCCGACCGCUUCUUGAUGAGAGUCAACGAUUCCUCGUGGCAUGAAGAGUGUUUGCAGUGCACCGUGUGUCAACAGCCCCUCACCAACAGCUGUUACUUCAGAGAAAGGAAACUUUACUGCAAACACGACUACCAACAGUUGUUUGCAACCAAGUGCAGCGGCUGCAUGGAGAAAAUCGCCCCCACAGAGUUUGUGAUGCGUGCUCUGGAGUGCGUCUACCACCUGAACUGCUUUUGCUGCUGCGUGUGCGACCGCCAGCUGAGGAAGGGCGACGAGUUUGUUCUGAAGGAGGGUCAGCUGCUUUGCAAGAUUGACUACGAGAGGGAGAAAGACUUACUCAGCUCGGUCAGCCCGGAUGACUCAGACUCAGAGAAAAGUGACGAUGAGGAGUUGGACAUCAAGCCAGAGAAAGGCAUAGGAAGCCAGGGGAAGGGGGAUGACAGCAAGGAUCCAAGGAGGCCCAAAAGACCACGAACCAUUCUGACCACUCAACAGAGACGGGCCUUUAAGGCUUCUUUUGAGGUCUCUUCAAAGCCCUGCAGAAAGGUGAGGGAGACUCUGGCUGCAGAGACAGGACUCAGUGUUCGGGUGGUCCAGGUGUGGUUUCAGAACCAGAGAGCUAAGAUGAAGAAGUUGGCAAGAAGACAGCAGCAACAACAAGAACAACAGAAUUCUCAAAGACUUGGCCAAGAGGUGAUGUCUAAUCGAAUGGAAGGGAUGAUGAACUCCUUCACACCGCUGGCUCCGCCGCAGCAGCAGCUGGUCGCCAUGGAUCAGAAUGGUUACAGCACAGACCCGUUCCAACAGGGGCUCACCCCCCCACAGAUGCCCGGGGACCAUAUGAACCCAUAUGGUAAUGAUUCUGCAUUCCAUGACAUAGACAGUGACACGUCUUUAACCAGCCUCAGUGACUGCUUCAUGGCAUCGUCAGAAGUCAACUCCUUGCAGGCCCGCGUGGGGAACCCCAUCGACCGCCUCUACUCCAUGCAGAACUCUUAUUUUGCGUCAUGAAAACAGAAGAGGAAGCUAACAUUAGCGCAGAAUAAACUGCCCAUCUCAAGCUGAAGAGCGAUGGAUGGCCAGGACCUACGCUAACAUGGACAUGACAGAAGAAACACCUCCUUGCAGUAGCUCCUGGUUAUGUGUGGAAGCUUACUGAAAAGAUAGUAAAACCACUUAUUGUAGGACAGUGACGAUUCCUGGGGGAAAGACUUAAAUAUUGUUAGAGAUUAUUUGGUAGGAUUGCUUAUUUGUCACAGGAGAUAUUACUCUUUUCUUUGUUCACUUAAAGGAAAUAAGUAGAUAUUGAAGCCACUGAUUACACACUCUCAAACCAAAUAACACAAAGAAUUUAUACAGUGCAUGAUCAAUUGUAAACAAAAAGUUUUUGUAAGCUCCCCCCUCCCUCCCUUCCUCCCCCAGUUAAGAUGUGGUGUUUGGACUGUUUCUUCUUUCACACUACAUGGGAUUCCAUGUUCACCGUUAGCAUUUUGAUCACUUUCCAUAGGUUUAGAUAUUGUGUUAAUAGUAAAUAGGUGCAGCAUGUCUGCAAGAGUGACUGUACAUUUGUGUAUGUAUGAGAGAAAGAACUGUUUAGCUGAGACAAAAGUGGAGAAUUUGGUGGACAAGUAGGAUCAGUGAAGUGUAAAUACUUUCCCCAGGCAAAUUGGAUGUGCAUGUUAAAAAUGGAAAGCAUUCUAUUUAUUUAACUAUAACAGGCUCUUGAAGGUACAUAUUAAAACUGAAAAGCUUUAUUUAAAAAGGAGAGCAUUUUUGUUGAGGAAUUAGUGAGUUCAUGAGUAUCACAGCUCAUCUGUAUACCUUUUUAAUAUGAAGAUUAACCCUCUUGUUUUUGUUUUAUUCAGCCAAGCUGUAAAUGGGCAAAGUUGCUAUUUAUUUCAUACAGACCAUAAACCUUUUGUUGUCAUUGUCCUAUGUGCAUUAUCAAAAUGUUAAAGUUGCUAAUUGACCAAAGUCGACUGGUUUGAUGAAUAAACAAUGUCUUUCUCCUGAUAACGUUAAAUAAAUACCAUCAGUGACAAGUCAUCAAGUAUUACCAACUUUUAGGGCUCAAAAAUUAAGCCAGUGUGGGAGUGCCAAAAACUGCAGUUGCUCAAAUGACAACUUGAGGCUAAUUCCAAAAGAAAGUCAGUCCUUUUGAUGUUGAUGCAGACAUGUGAUUAACCCUCUGAUGUUAACUUGUCUAUCAUUUUGGACAUGUGACAGUCAUGGUAUAAAUAAGGCCCCAAUCACACCGGCCUAGAGAACUGUCUGUGACCAUCUAGUAAUCUUUAGUUGUGAGGGGAAAAUUAGUAUUGCCUGACUGGUUAUGGGUAGUUGCUGGAGGUUGAUGGCAGUCGCUGGCAAAUGAUUGUUAAAGCCCCAGUCACCCAGGCCAACAGGCCUGUCAGUGACCCCCUUUCAAACAAUGGUCGCUAGGGAAAAAUGUGUAUUCCCCAACUGGUUGGCAAGCAUACUAGCAUACUGCUGCAAUCGUGGUUUGAAUGGAAGUGGCAGAAUUGUCUACACACACUGGCCAGCUAGUCCCUGAGCUGCAGUUAAACUGUGAAAAGUUUUUCAUGUUUGUCUACAAACACUUGUAAACUACUAGCU